AUGGACGUCCGGCUGUUUGCGGUGCUCUCCGGCAGAGCGCGGCCCGGCCGCAAGAUGGCGCCAUCCGUCUUGUUGACGCCUGCGUCGGACGUCGCGGCGUCGCUCGGCGUCGGCGUCGGCGUCGUCCCUAAUUGGCCGGCCGGCCCGCCGCCUCCCCCUGUCACCCCCGGCCGCCCCCGCGCAACCCCGAAACCACCUCCUGACGGGUUCGCGCUGGCCGGCGGCGUGGCGGGACCGCACGCGGGGGCGGCGUCACCGUUCAGCGCAGCCGGGGGCGGCGGGGGCGCCAGCAACACGGGCCGGACCAACUUCACCAACAAGCAGCUCACCGAGCUCGAGAAGGAGUUCCACUUCAACAAGUACCUGACGCGAGCGCGGCGCAUCGAGAUCGCGUCCGCGCUCCAGCUCAACGAGACGCAGGUCAAGAUCUGGUUCCAGAACCGCCGCAUGAAGCAGAAGAAGCGGCUCAAGGAGGCAGCUGCCAGCGCUCAGUGCCAAAGUCGUGGUGCAACCAGUGAACUACCAGGAGGCGUAGCUCUGGCUCAAGCUGGUCCUCGGUCUCCCAUCAACUGUCCAGCUGAGACUACGUUGUUGGGCCAACAAGUGAACCAGCUGGAAGCAUCAUGUCGGGUAUUUCAGGCUGAAGCUGGUCCUUGA